AGGUAUUCAUUAUGAUUUAUUGAUAUAGUGCAACUAUAAGUUUUUAUUAAUGUGGACUUUCUACACACCUAAAGAGGAGGCAUUUUAACGCUCGACUAAAAAUUCACAGUUACAAGAUUAAGCUGGAGUAUAUAAGGAUUCUAUAAAUUUAUCAAAAUGGACACAUUCCGUAUGCGUCGUUCAUCGUUUUCCCGUUUUGGGUCUGUAGGAAAGCAGGAACCACUUAUUGUGGUCGAGGAGUCACAGUUGGUCGAAGAGGAAGAUCGCGAUAGCUCAGAAACACCAUCGAAUAAAGCUAGUUUGGACAUUGACUCACCCGUAAAUCCAUAUUUACUCUCACCAUGGCGAGAUCCACGUGAAGGACGAAAGCAUUCUUUACCCUCACAACAGGUCACUGAGGGCAUCACUGCAAGUCAGGUGCGUCGCUUAUCAGAGCGUGGUGGUGAAGGCUCUGGCCCAUCACCUAAAGAAGCCGCUUUCCUAGCCACACUGUCACAGGCACCAGCUCCAUCCGGACGACGUCACUCAGUAGUAACGAUCUCUAAAGUGCCAACAACAUUAUUUGGUCGCUCACGCCGUGAAUCAGUUGCCGCUUAUCCAGCGGGUAGCAGCCGAGUACUGAACUCUCGCCGCGAAAGCAAAACCUCAACUGGACCACCAUCCACAGAUCCCAUUGGCAGUAUACACAACCUACAAUUGGACAUAAUGGACGACAUAGUACAAUCACGUAAGGCACGCAUGAAACUAUGGAAUACAAGCAGCGAAAAGGUGUGUGAAGUGCAAACAUUAGAUGAAGUUGGUGGUGGAACACCGCAGCGAUAUACAAAUCGCCGGUAUUCGGAAUGUGUUUCCGGUGGUACCUCACCAGCACCUAACAUGAGACGCGCCUCGGAACACCCUGCAAUCAUUUCACCAUGCAUUUUACAACCGGGUAGCAAUCGUUCCUCCACAAAACGUAAGAAGAGUGGCGGUCUACUAAGCACUUCGAUUUUUAGCGCACUCACCUCGUCAGCCAUCGAGAUCAACAAAUGCGAGGAUACUAUACCGACAGUAGUUUUGCCAUCGUCUACGAGCGCUAGCUCAACUGGUGCCACCGCUAAAACAAAACCAACAACAAGUGGUGGUUUAACAGCGGCAGGUGGUGCUGCAGCAACCAGUAGUUCGUCAUCAAAUCUGCUCGAUCCCAAUGCAGGUCGCUCUACGCGUUCGAACAGUUUCGAUGUUUCUAUUCUCAACAAUGCCAAACAGCUGGUAAGCAAUGCACAAGACAAUAGCUCAGCCGCUCUUUCCGGUUGGUUUGAGAAACGCCACCAACCGAUGGCACGCAAGAAGAGCAUACGUAGCAAAAGUACUGCUAUGGCACUCUCCGAAGAUAUGUUAAAACGUUUGCAAGCAAAAGAUGUGUUACGUGAGAGCAAACCGAAAUUGGUGCCACGGAGCAAGCAAAAAAGUUGGGCGGAUACGACAAAAGGUACAAUUGUUGACGCGACUGUGAUUGGUUCGGCAAUCGAGGGUUUCCUUCGAAAAGGAUCGGUAUCGGGACCUUCCGGUAGUUCGGGUAGUUCACCAAAAACUAGUAACACCAAGUCGAGUGGUCUAUUGAGUAAGGACUCAGGUAAACGUAGCGGUCGAAGCGCACAAAGUCAGGCAACGAAUGCAGUACGUUCGACACUAAAUUGGUUCGGUAAGGCGGACGAGGAUGACUCAAAGGACACCUGCGAGGCGUCGCUCUGUUCAACUUUAAAGGAUUUAUUUGUGAAAUAAUUAACAGUGCGGCGACUGUUCAAGUAAAUAGGCAAGGUUUGAUUUUGGGUAUGAGUUUCAAAAUAUGUACGUGUGAUAAUUGGAGCGAUGGAGGUGGAAAGCGUGUAAAGCUAGUCGUUGUUAGUUUUUUUUCAUACCAAACUAUUAAAAGUUGAUUAAGUUUGUAUAAAAUAAAAACAGACAUUUAGAGUCUGAAGUACCUUCCGGUUCCUGUGUAUACAGAAAAAAACUAAGUACAUGUGUAUAUAAUAAUAUAGCUGAAGUAAUUAAAAUUAAUUAAAUGUAAUUGAAAAAAUGUACUAUAAUUAUGUAUUUAAGAAUUAAAUGGCGUUAUAAGAUAUAGAGUUAGUGAUGAAUCAAUUGAGUUUCAACAAAAACGAGUAUAACCGAAUAAGUAUUGUGCAUUAUAAUAAUACACUAUUUAAU